AUGAUGGAAUGGGAAACACGAAAAAGCAGGUGGAUGAAAUGGCGUUUUGGAUGCGGACGGUAUUUGCUGGGAGUUGUUCUCCUUUGUUCUCUCUGUGAUUUUACCACCGGACACAUCAGAUAUUCUAUCCCAGAGGAGAUGAAGAAAGGUUCUCUGAUCGGUAAUUUGGCGCAGGACCUGGGUUUGGAUCUGAAAAGGCUCCGUUCUGGUCGGGCCCGAAUCGUUAGCGGAGAAAAUGUUCAGUACACCGAGCUGAAGGCGGACAAAGGGAUUUUAGUGGUGAAAGAGAAGAUCGACCGGGAGCAGCUCUGUGGAGACACAACCCCGUGUAGCUUCAGCUUUGAGAUGAUUCUAGAAAACCCGAUGGAGCUGCAUCAGAUCACUGUUGAGAUUAUAGAUAUAAAUGAUCAUUCUCCCAGGUUUGAAAAGGAUAACAUCCGCUUUGAAAUCAGUGAAUCCGCUACAACGGGCGCUCGUUUCUCGUUAAAAAGCGCAGAGGACGCAGAUGUGGGUGUGAACGGACUGAGAGAAUAUUUAUUAAGUGAGAACGAGCAUUUUGUUAUUAAACAACAUUCAAAUGCAGAUGGAAAGAAAUACGCAGAGAUGGUUCUUCAGAAGCCUUUAGAUCGAGAGACCAACCCAAGUCUGUCUUUAAAGCUGAUAGCUGUGGACGGAGGAACUCCUCAGAAGUCUGGUACAGUAAUUAUUGACGUGACAGUUCUAGAUGCUAAUGAUAAUGCUCCUGUAUUUAAUCAGUCUGUUUAUAAAACUACAGUCAUUGAAAAUUCUGCCAAAGAAACCUACGUCACCACUGUUAAUGCUACUGACGCAGAUUCAGGGUCAAACAGCAUGGUUAGCUAUUAUUUCUCAGAUGAUAGCCGUGCUCUUCAUGAUGUUUUUGUGAUGGAUGAGAAAACUGGUGCAAUUUACAUAAAAGGUGAUGUUGAUUUUGAAAAAGAUAAAAAAUAUGAACUUAGAGUCGAUGCAAAGGAUCAGGGAGGUUUAACAGAUUCUAGUAAAGUGAUAAUUGAAGUAACUGAUGUAAAUGAUAACGCCCCAGUCAUCAGUGUGAUGUCAUUCACUAGUCCUGUGUCAGAGGACUCUCCUCCUGGUACAACUAUCAGUAUCAUUAAUGUUAAAGACCUGGACUCAGGAGAUAACGGACAGGUUUCAUGUAAAAUAGAACAAAACGCUCCUUUCAAAAUAAAGUCCAAUUUAAGGAAUUACUACACUCUGGUGACAGAUUCUGUGUUAGAUCGUGAAAUUGUGUCAGAAUAUAACAUCACUGUAGUUGCGACAGAUGGAGGAAUCCCUCCUCUCUCAGCUAAAAAAAACUUUAGUCUAAAGGUGUCUGAUGUGAACGAUAACGCUCCAGUUUUCCCACAAAGUCUUUACAGCGCGUUUCUACCUGAGAAUAACUCUCCAGGUGUCUUUGUUCUCACUCUGAUAGCUAAAGAUCCUGAUGAGAACCAGAACGCUCGCGUGUCUUAUAUUUUAGAGGACAGUAACAUUGGUGGGUCCCCGAUUUCUCAAUAUGUUUCUGUGAAUGUAGAAACUGGAGUAAUUCAGGCGGUGCGCUCGUUUGAUUAUGAACAAGUUAAGGAGUUAAUAUUUGUAGUUAAAGCACAGGAUGGAGGCUCUCCUCCUCUCAGCAGCAACGUGACUGUGAAAAUACUGAUCCAGGACCAGAACGAUAACCCCCCUCAGGUCCUGUACCCGGUCCAGACUGGAGGGUCCGUGGUGGCUGAGAUGGUGCCUCGUUCAGCAGAAGUGGGCUAUCUGGUGACUAAAGUGGUGGCUGUUGAUGUGGACUCUGGACAGAACGCCUGGCUCUCCUAUAAACUGCAGAAAUCCACAGACAGGGCGCUGUUUGAAGUGGGCUUACAGAAUGGAGAAAUCAGAACUAUCCGUCAAGUGACUGAUAAAGAUGCUGUGAAACAAAGACUGACUGUUAUAGUGGAGGACAACGGCCAGCCCUCUCGUUCAGCUACAGUCAUUGUUAAAGUGGCGGUGGCGGACAGCUUCCCUGAAGUGCUGUCGGAGUUCACUGACUCUACACACGACAAGGAGUACAAUGACAACCUGACUUUUUACUUAGUCUUGGCUCUGGCUGUAGUUUCCUUCCUCUUCAUCACCUGUUUAGUGGUUAUCAUCUCAGUGAAAAUCUACAGAUGGAGACAGUCUCGCAUCCUGUAUCACUCCAGCCUCCCUGUCAUUCCAUAUUAUCCACCACGUUACUCAGACACGCUGGGGACAGGAACUCUCCAACAUGUGUACAACUACGAGGUGUGCAGGACCACUGACUCCAGAAAGAGUGACUGUAAGUUCGGCAGAGCUGCUAGUCAGAACGUGUUGGUAAUGGACCCCAGCUCUACAGGAACCAUGCAGAGGAUGCAGGGUGAGAAGAGCAUCCUGGAUGAGCCUGACUCUCCUUUAGAGGUGAGAUGCUUUAGAAUGUGUUUCAUGUGAUUUAACUUUGGUUUUGUUGGUAAUUAUUUUUACAUCGAAACUGAUUCCAUAGAUUCCUCAUUUUGUUAGAAAAGGUUUUGCUGUUCUUUCAGAACCAACUUGUGGACAGCUCCUUUUUGUGUUACGUUGAGUCCUUCUUAUGUACUUUUGUUAUUCGUUGUUUUUCCACAACCAAAAAGUAACAAAACAACAACAACAACAACAACAACAACAACAACAAUA